AUGGCUCAGGCCUUCGACGACGAUGACCUCUCGCUUUCCAUGACCCGUCGCCCGACCAAUGGCUCACAAACCGACGACUCAAAUCCGCCCACUGCUUUGGCUGCCAUUUCAAAAUCACAACCUGCUCCUCCUGCUACCAACAAGAGACGCCUGGGUCAAUAUGACAUUGUCAGAACACUGGGCGAGGGCUCCUUCGGCAAGGUCAAGCUGGCCGUCCACAAGGUCAGCGGCCAGAAAGUCGCCCUCAAAAUCAUCUCCCGCCAGAAGCUCGUCACUCGCGACAUGGCUGGCCGUAUAGAACGCGAGAUCCAAUACCUGCAACUGCUGCGCCAUCCUCACAUCAUCAAGCUCUACACCGUCAUAACAACCCCAAAGGAGAUCAUCAUGGUCCUCGAGUACGCCGGCGGUGAGCUGUUCCAGUACAUUCUCGACCACGGACGCAUGCCCGAAGACAAGGCUCGCAAGUUCUUCCAGCAGAUCGUGUGCGCCGUCGAGUACUGUCAUCGUCACAAGAUUGUCCACCGUGACCUGAAGCCCGAGAACCUGCUCCUCGAUGACGCUCUCAAUGUCAAGAUUGCUGAUUUUGGUUUGAGUAACAUCAUGACCGAUGGCAAUUUCCUCAAGACUAGUUGCGGCAGUCCGAACUAUGCAGCCCCUGAAGUCGUCGGUGGUAAGCUAUAUGCCGGUCCAGAGGUCGAUGUCUGGAGUUGUGGUGUUAUCCUCUAUGUACUGCUUUGCGCUCGCCUUCCAUUUGACGAUGAAUACAUCCCGACGCUUUUUAAGAAGAUUCAGUCCGGCACGUAUCAUACGCCAAGCUAUAUUUCGUCCGGCGCCGCUCGUCUGAUCAAGAGAAUGCUGCAAGUCAGCCCUGUCACCCGCAUCACCAUUGACGAGAUUAAGCUCGACCCGUGGUUCCUCAAGGAGCUGCCCGACUACCUGACACCGCCUGUUGAGGAGUUCAUGGAUCAGGGCAUUGACCCCAAUAGAUCAAUUGACCCAGCCAAACUGGCCCCUACGAAGCCUGCAGUUGUGCAACAGAAAUUGCACGAGAGUGUAGUAGGCAAGCUAGGCAAGACUAUGGGAUACGCAAAGGACGAUGUGACCGAGGCCCUCGCUAAGGAUGAGCCCAGCGCCAUCAAAGACGCCUACCUCAUUGUGCGUGAAAACACAAUCAUGAAAGCUAACCCCUCGCUCGCACACAACCCCGAUCUGCAGCCAUGGCUUGCUCAAUCGCCGCCGACCUUCCAAACCACCGUCACUUCGCCACCAAAUGCUCGCCAUCCUGCCCCUGGAACAUCUAAUCCAGCCUCAAAUGUCGAGCAUCCUCGUCACGGUUCUACCAGCUCUGCUCACGAAGCUCGCACUCCUGCGACGACGAUUGGUAUACUACCUUCUUCACUUCCCUCUUUCCAUCAAGCAUACAUGCAGGGUACUACCCCCAGAGCUGCUAUCCCAGAAGGUGAACUAGAUCCGUAUGCUCCCAACAGUGUGCCUGGAGGCGAAGGCAAAGAGCUCACGUCCGAACAACGUGCUGCCGUCCUCAAGAGAUUGAGACCCCAUGUCAAGGGAAAUCAGAUAGGAGGCCGAGACAAGCCUGAGAUGAUGACACCUCUGCCCAACAAGGACGCCAAGAAGAUCAAACCAACCAAAUGGCAGUUCGGUAUUCGCAGUCGCAAUAGUCCUUCAGAAGCCAUGCUAGCCAUUUACAAAGCACUAAAGGCGAUGAACGCUGUUUGGGAAGCUCCUGUCGUGCGUCGUCCUGGCCAUGGCGAAGGAAGCCCGCCACGGAACCGCCGGCGUCAUGCCAGAGACGGAAGUCAAAGUCCUGAAUAUUCCGACUCGGACCCAGAGGCUGGUACUGAUCCCGAAUACUCUACUCAUGAAGAACGUGCUAGACGCCGUUCUCGUGGUGGACACGCAUCAGACAUGUCAGACGACGGCUUCGGCGAAGAACUGUCUCGCAGCCAAGGCCGCAAGUCAAAUAUCCGUGAACCCCUUGGACCUGAGAAUGACUGGGGCUACAAAAUCCCCGAAGACCCCUGGAUCAUCAACGCAAGAUUCCGCAAGGAUGGCAUGUUCCCGCCCGGCGUAGCACACCCAUCAUCAACACACUCUAGCCGUGUGGACCUGCAAGAAGGAAUCCGUCGCCGCAGCUCAACAAUGGGAAGCAGCACUAGUCUAGCAGCCUCACCCGCAGGUUUCAACUCACCCGUCCAACCAAGCAGUGUCCACGGCAGUGCCCACGCGUCCACCGAUAACAUCGCCGCCACAGGCCCCAGCAGCUUUGGCCAAGAAAGUCUGCGUCGCCGUCAUCCCGCACCCAACGAGAGCGCUUGGGUGUACGUAACCAUUCAAUUGUACUGCAUCGAGCAAGAUAGCUUCAUGGUCGAUUUCAAGUGCGCUGGCUACGAACGCCUCGUACGUCGCUUGAGACGCGAAAUCAAAACGCACGCUGAUGGUGAGGCGUCUGAUGUUUGGCGCGAAGAAGACCACGACGACGAAGACAUGGAUGAGGGAUACAUGGGCUGUGGAUGUAUACCCGAGGAAAAGGACAUUUCAAGUCCCUUCCCCUUCAUGGAUGUGGCUAGCAGUCUCAUCGUGCAGUUGGCCCAAGGCGCCUGA